CGCAAUAACCAUCCAGUGAUCGUCGCGCGCGGCACCGGCCGGCUCGUCCCUAUCAGGGACGCACAGUCACAAAAGCACGCCGACAAACAGAGGCAGAGUUUUAGUCCGGUGUUGUGUAUUUCAAAGCAGCCAGAAAUAUACUUCUUUCGCCAUCCCACCCGCAUCCACUCGCUCGUCACCUUUGCCUAACACAAGAUCUUGGCACAAAUCAAAACGCACAAUGUCUGUAGUGGCCACCCAGCAGCCACAAGAUGCGGCGCAACUCCAGCCGCCGCUCACGCAGCCCCAGUUCGCGCAGAAGAUGUACACCACCCGCGCCAGCGCGUACGAGAACUCGUGGCACCCGUCCUACUCCGCGCGGCUGAUGGGGGACGUCGUCCGUCCGCAGCCGGGCGAGAACGUCCUCGUCCUGGCCUGCGGGACCGGGCUGGAGUCCUUCAUCGCCGCGCGUGAGGUUGGCCCUGGCGGUGGGAGGGUCGUCGGGGUCGACGUCACGCCCGCCAUGCUUACUGAGGCGAGGGGGCGACUUGAGCGGGAAAGGCAGCAGGAGGCAGGGGAUACGCAAGCGCUGGCGAGGAUGGAUUUUGUUGAGCACGAUAUCACGGAUUUGGAUACUUGCGCGGCAUUGAAAGGGCAGGAGGGCAAGUUCGAUGUCCUCGUGUGCAGUUGUGCGUUUGUGCUGCUUGACGAGCCGGACAAGGUGGUGCGGCAUUGGAAGAAGUGGCUCUAUCAGCCCCCGACCAAGAAUACCGGUGAGGAAACCGGGAAGAGUGAUGGUGGUAGCGCUGCUGAUAGACCUGCGGGAAGAUUGGUCAUCGACAUCACCCACGAGAGCAACCAGGCGCAGGGUCUCGUGAUCGAGGCCGUGGCACGGGAGAUGGGCGUCCCCUUCCACUCGAACAGACUGUGGAUCAAGAACAAGGACUCGUUCCGGACCAUUCUCGAAACGGAGGGUUAUGCCGUGGACCAGAUCGAGUUUAUGGACAAGGUCGCUGGCGAUCCGGUAUCUUCUUAUGGUGCUGACCAGGAGCAGGCCGACAAGCAGUUUGAUUAUGUCAUGAAGUCAACGAGCACCGGGUUCGUGUGGGAGGGUGUGGAUUUGGAGCGGGCGAGGGAGCUGUUUAGACAGAAGUGGGCAGAGAGAUGUGUUGACGGGCGCGUCGAGGUCGUCGAUGGACUUUACAUAUAUGUUGCUCGGCCAUAGUAAUCGAAACUGACUGUGAUGAUGGAG